GCCCCGCGGAGCGAGCGCAGCCAGGGAUGAGAAACUUGUCCCGGAUAUUUACCUUACUGUACCUGGCUCCUCCAACGCGCCCCGUCCGGAGGUUUUCACAGCGGACAGCCUGAGGAAUAUGAUCCGUCUCUGAUCGACUGAGAACCCGUGUGAGACAGGCUCGUCUGGAUCCAUUAAUCAUUCACCUGCAAACCGAGACGGGACACAUGUCCCCGUUCAGUGCCGAGCUGAGGGCAGGCUUUUUGUCUUGAGAGGGAGGCAGAGUUACCAGGGUAACAGACAUGCCAAAACCCGACCUGCUCUGCCUAGUUCAGCUACUGGACGGCACUAUCGAGACCUUCAGAGUCAGCAAGCAGGAUGAAGGUGUGGUUCUCUUGGACCAAGUAUGCGACCACCUGGGCCUGCAGGAGAGGCAGCUCUUCAGUCUGCAGAUCAGAGAAUCCAGCACAGCCAUCGCCUCAAUCACAGCCAACACACACUCUCCUAGAUGGUUGGAGCCUGAGAAACCCUUGAAGAAGCAGAUAAAAGGUCUUGCAUCUCCCUUUUAUAUGAACUUCAGAGUACGAUUCUUCAUGUCUGAUCCUAACGCUCUGCAGCAUGAACAGACAAGGCACCUGUACUUCCUCCAGAUCAGGAGUGACAUUAGAGAAGGACGGUUGCAGUGCCCACUGAGUGCAGCUGUAGUGUUGGCCUCUUACGCCGUGCAGUCGGAGAUGGGGGAUCACUGUCCAUCUCGACUCCCCGGGUACCUCUCCAAAUGCUACUUCAUUCCGGCGCAGGAUGAAGACUUCCUGUCUAAAGUGGAGGAUCUUCAUCCACAGCACAAGGGGCUGAAGCAGAGCGAGGCAGAGCUGUGUUUCCUCAACACAGCACGGACACUGGAGCUGUAUGGGGUGGAGCUGCAUGCUGCCAUGGACACCAAUGAUGCCCCCCUGAUGGUGGGUUUGGCCUCCAGUGGUGUUGCAAUAUUCCGCAAUAUGAUUUGCUCCAGUUUCUUCCCCUGGGGAAACAUCAUCAAGAUUUCAUUCAAGAGGAAACGCUUUCUUAUACAUCUGAAACGUAAACAUGGGGAGACCCAGGAUUGUGAGGUGUCUCUGGUUCUGCCCUGUCCCAAGACCUGUAAGAACCUGUGGAGGUCCAGUGUAGACCAUCACUCCUUCUGCUCCAACCGGACUGUCAGGAGCCCCAAACACAGCAACAGCCCGGUUCAGUCCUACAGAAAGUUGAUAACACAACACCUGGGACUUGGCAACAGUAAAACUGAGACUGGUCCAGUGUGCCAGCGUGUGGUGGGGGGGAUGGUGUGGAACCCAGUCCUGCAGAGGUCGAUUUCAUCAGAGUACCUCGAAACCAAGAGCCUGCCCUCUAGAUCGCCCCCAAACACCCCCAACUGGCGAAGUGCUCGAGUUCGCCACGGCAUCUGUAAACCUCGCCCGUCCUCAGUUGAACUGACCAAUGACAUGAAAGACAUGUCGGAGGGGGAGGACGUCUUCUACACAUACCGGGCGUCUGUGAGCAGCAGCAAGGACAGCGAGGGAGACACUUCACCGCAUUCCCAGGUGACGGGCGAGGCUUUGUUACAAAUUGACGACAGUAUAGGAGAGGAGGACGGUGACCACAUCUCACACCACUACGAUAAGGGUGCUCUCGGCGACGGUGACUUGAUGCUCAUAUGUAUUGCCCCCGAUCAUGACGGCAAGUUUGGCUUCAAUGUUAAAGGUGGAGUGGACCAGAAGAUGCCUCUAGCCAUAUCCCACGUUAAACCCGACUCUCCGCGUGCCUUGAACCGUCCUUGCAUUCCAGGUCCUGGCCGGGUGGCGCCCCUGCUGCAGUUACCUCCCGCCCUCACGCUCACCGGCCAAUCACAGGGAGACAGGCUGUCACCUGGCCAGUCGGAGCGGGUCACGACACUGGAGGAAUCCAUAAGACAGCUGGAGAGAGGAAUACAGUCCGGCACAUUCUGUUUCCAUUUUGAGAAUUUAUACAGGAGGAAGCCUGGUCUGUCCCUAAACUGUGCUCGGCUCUCUGACAACAUGGACAAGAAUCGAUACAAGGAUGUUUUACCUUAUGAUGCCACCAGAGUGGUGCUCCAGGGCCCGGAGGACUACAUCAACGCCAGCCACAUCACGAUGGUGCCCCCAGUGUCUGGUGUGUGUUUACGUUAUGUUGCGGCUCAGGGUCCAUUGCCACAGACCGUCACUCACUUUUGGCAGACUGUUUGGGAGCAACAGAUACACACCAUCAUCAUGCUAACAACUCUGACAGAGAGGGGACGGACCAAGUGCCACCAGUACUGGCCGCAUCCGCCAGAAGCGAAGGAUUACGGGCACAUGCGGGUGAAGUGUCACUCUGAGGAGUGUAACCUGGCGUAUGUGACGCGGCAGUUCACUCUGACACACACACAGCGGGGUGAGGAACGUGCAGUCACACACCUGCAGUAUGUCGCGUGGCCCGACCACGGCGUACCAGAUGACCCCUCAGACUUCCUGCUGUUCAUCAGCUCGGUCAGGGAGAGGAGGAGAGGUGAAGAGCCACUACUGGUACACUGCAGUGCUGGGAUUGGACGGACAGGUGUUCUGAUCACAAUGGAAACGGCUCUGACUUUGUUGGAUGAGGGUCGGCCGGUGUUCCUGCUGGACAUUGUCAAAACAUUGAGAGAUCAGCGAGCCAUGAUGAUUCAGACCACGUGUCAGUUCCAGUUUGUGUGUAACGCCAUUCUGCGAGUCCACAAAGGGGAACAACAGGGAUCUACAGCACGGUAGCCCAAAUCACCAACAGGACCAGAACAGACACACUUAGCCUCAUCUCAUUGCAGGCGACUGCCACAGAGGGACUAUAACAGAUUAACCUCUGUCGCUGCCCGUGGGAUCGGUACACAGACUGGAUAAUGAGAGUAUAACCAGCUUCAGAGCACAGCUGUCUGUGGUCUGUGUAGCCUAGAUUCAAUGUGGGUAUGAAUCUUACACCUAGUCGGCCUUAGUCUUUGCUGAUAGUACAUGUAGCAUGUAGAGGCUGCGGUCUCCAUAGAUGUUGGUGUAAAACUGAUGCUAUUUUCUGUCCAAGAGGCCACACAGGACUGUUGCCUCUACUUAUUUAGCUAUGUGUGCCUUAGACUGACGCCUCCCAGUCGAUGGAUCGAACGGGGCGGCAGAGGCAGACCAGGAUGAUUAUAAUCUGUAGUUUAUCUGUGUGUCCAAAGAUGAAGAGCGAGGCAGGCUUUAGACCACUACAGCAGAUACUGUAAGGUCACGAUGGUGCAGCACCGCACGCUGUCCGCCAGAAGAGCACCAAACCCGACUGUUCAGCACUCUUAAAUUAUUAAGACACUAAAUAAACACAAUGAUUUAUA